UAGCUGUAAUUUGGGUGACCCAGCAGAAACUACAGCAAGCAACAUGACACCAGAACAAAUCAAAGGAACAUCCAAACCCAUAGGCUUACAGGUCCAAUCAUCGGCUUAUAUGAUGGCCAUAUAUCAUUUGGUAGUCAGCGUUAUACUCUUUAUCGAAUAUUCAAUGGAGAUGGACAGAAGGAACAACAUAAAGCUGUGUAAUUUCCACCUUAUUGCAGACCAAAUAUCAAGCUAUCUCCUUCUCGUGGUCCUGUUUCUAAUUAGCGUCUCAUUGCUGACUGGUGUCAUGACGAAUCAAGGAAGGUUUGUUAUGCCAUUUUUGGCUUUGCAGAUCAUGGAUUUUAUCCUAAGUGUUCUGAUGUUCUUUACCAGUUAUAGUGAGAUACCUUCAAUGAAAGAAACAUUAAAACCAAACAACAUGGCAGUAUUCAAGCUGGAUACCCAGGCAACAGAAUGGAGAUAUCUUCGGUUGAGCCUUAGAUUGAUGAUAACUUGUAGUUGUUAUGGUGAAGUCCCCACCUACCUAAACUUAAAGCCUACAGAUUACAUUGCUUAUUUUUCAGCGAGCAUGUCUUCUGAGAAAUACAUCAAGAAAAUGAUCAUCUUCUCAGUGCUCUAUACUGCUGUGAUCUUAUAUAAGGCACUGAUGAUCUGUUGCGCCUGGAGAUUCUGCAAGGGUUCGAAUGAAUUAGCAAAGAAUCAAUCAAAAGACAUGUUUAUGCUGAAAGAAAUCUCAAAGGCAGCACUUCCAUCCUACAAGGAGGCGACAAAAAUGGAACUCAAAGAUUUACCGCCCCCCUACUCCACUGUUUAACUAAAAGGCUACAAAAAUUCUGCUUCUGUGCUAAAUGCUUCCUUUCAUCCUAUAUGUGAUACAGAGAAAGGUGAGGUGCCUCGCCCACAGCAAGCAAGCAAUAAAGAAAGUAAGAGCAUGCGGAGACUGUUUCUUUAAAGGAAAGACUGAAAUAAAUGCAUGGGAAAGCCUGGAGAAGUGGAAACCAGAUUCGGUACAAAGACCAAGUCGUAAUCUAAAAGGAAUAUUAACUGGCCUUAAUAUGCCGUUAAGUAAAAGCAUUUACUUUUUUUUAUAUAUGUGGAAUUUCUACUAUUGAUAUUUUCCAAAAACCUGUUCUGAUCAUAUUCAUUUGACAUAAAGGAUAUAUUUACAUGCCACAGAUUCAUUUCUGCAACUGAAAAUCACGUGAACUAGCAGGGGCCUAAUAAGAGCCCUAUGGGCCGAAGGCUAGAUUUUUUUAACUGCGUCCACCAGCGUGUUGCUUGAAAGUGUAGGCCCCAGUGGCAUUGCUAGUGUCAGUAAAAAUAUAUGUCCAGCAUUAAAAAAAAUAUAUGUAUGCAUAUAUCUCAAAGGCAAAGGGUCAUACAAGACAAAAUUAUUUACCACUUAUCCACUGUAAAAGGAUACCGGGUCACAUACUCCACCAACGCUCCAUACAGACUUCUCCUAGCUGUGGUUAUACAGCUGAGACCAAGAACAAGAAAACACCUUUAAUGUUAAGCCGUGUGUCUAUAUCAUAAUAGUCUGAUCAUUUUCAUGAAGGCAAACCAGCUUUGCAAUGAUAACUUUAAAGCUUGAACAUAGAAAUUUUUAAAACAAUUGGUAUUAUACUUUGCCAUUAACAAUCAUUGCUAAUAAUGUAUUUAAUAAAAAAAAAUGC